CAAGUGACUCUGCUGCAGAAACCCAGUAUGGUCUGCCUCUUUAAAGUUUCUGCCCUCUACGCACAAUUACUUUUGAGAGUGGGAUGCAUGUUGAUGAGGUGACGAAGAAAAGUGGAAGUGGCUGUUCAGAAUUAAGAUGCUUCAGUCAGGAAAUGUAAGGCAAAACACAGAAGAGAGUACGGCUUCGCUGGAGUUAUGAGACUGGCUCCAUCGUCAUCUGCUGAAUUGGACACAGACUCCUCCACAAUGGUCAUGUAUUCGUCACACACACACUUGAGGCUGAAGUAUUUGUCUCUGGGGGUGCUGGUGUUGCAGACCACCUCUCUGGUGCUCACCAUGCGAUACUCCCGCACCCUAAAGGAAGAUGGUCCCCGCUACCUGGCCUCCUCCGCCGUGGUGUCGGCUGAGGUGCUCAAGAUCCUUGUCUGCACCUUCCUCGUCUUCAGGGAGAACAAUUUCAGUGUGCAGGCAAUGAAGCAGCUGCUGAAGGAGGAGGUUGUCAGCAAGCCCAUGGAGACUCUGAAGCUGGCCAUUCCUGCAGGGAUCUACACACUGCAGAACAAUCUGCUCUAUGUUGCCUUAUCCAACCUGGACGCAGCCACCUACCAGGUCACAUACCAGUUGAAGAUCCUCACCACAGCGCUGUUCUCCGUCUCCAUGUUGGGGAGGAGGUUGGGCCUCUACCAGUGGCUCUCCCUGCUCCUCCUCAUGGCUGGAGUCACUCUAGUGCAGUGGCCCACAGAGUCUGGUGACUCCGAGCACAAGGUCCUGUCGACAGGCUCCCAGUUUGCGGGGCUGAUGGCCGUGCUGAUGGCCUGUGUGUCCAGUGGCUUUGCAGGAGUUUACUUUGAAAAAAUCCUCAAGGAGACUAAACAGAGUGUGUGGGUCCGUAACAUACAGCUGGGUUUGUUCGGCUUUGUGUUUGGCUUCUUAGGAAUGCUCGUGUAUGACGGCCAGAGGGUGAGAGAGUCGGGAAUGUUUCAGGGCUACAACACUAUUACCUGCACCGUUGUUGUCUUACAGGCUCUGGGCGGGCUGGUGGUCGCAGUGGUCAUUAAAUAUGCAGACAACAUCCUCAAAGGAUUCGCCACUUCUCUGUCCAUCAUCAUGUCCACUCUCAUUUCAUAUUUCCUGUUGGAGGACUUUAAUCCCACUCGGGUAUUUUUCGUAGGGGCAGUGCUGGUUAUUGCUGCCACAUUUCUGUACGGCUACGAGAGCAAACCUGCCAGUGGCAGCACCAACAAGACAGAGACCUCAGUGAACUCUGCUACCUGAGGAGACGCCGCCCAGGACAGCGUAGAGCGGGACUCUAUGAACUGUGACGGCCACUUUGGCACGUGGAAAUUGAAAAUGUGGGAAAUGUGGAGAUGAUCGAACCGGUUACUGCCAAUUGACUCGCGACUGUUAAAACUGGAUGCGCCCCAUCUCUCCUGUAGGAAAAUACUGAUUUGCACAAAAGAUGGGGGUCAGUAAUGUGAAAUACAUUUUUCUCUCAUGAAACACUUACAGGUGAACUGUGGAGCUUGACAUGUCAACACACAUUGUUGCAGUAAAACAAACAUACUCUGUGACAGAACUGUCUAAUAAAAAUGUACUUGCAGUUUAAAGGGACCAGGAUGAAACCACGGCCACAUGAAUGCUGGGAAAUGUUAUUUUAUAGUUAUCUAUUUCAGUCAAGUUAAUUGUAUGUGUCAUAUGAUAUGGGAGAAGGGAUGUAUUUACAAACCAAAAAGGGUGUUAAUGACAGUGAUAGCGCCUGCCUCAAAGAGGAGAAAAAUCCUUGACAGAGCUUCCAUCUAGUGGCGGAAUGAAGAGCAAACUUGCUGCAAAGAGGAGGGGUUACCUCUGUUCAAAGAUGCUGAAUGUCCUUUUUUAUAUGAGAUGAGAUAAAAUGGGAUGUGACUGCUUUGACCUUGCUGCUCUCAGUCUCAGUAUUUAUAUCAAAAGCUCUCAUUUUAAUGUUAUUUAAAUGCAAAGUAAUCUAAGAACAAAUGAAUAAAUUAAGGCAUCUUUUAUGCUGAAACAACCA